CACUCACAAUAUUGCAGGGAUUAUAGCAGUCAUCUACUUCAUGGCUUCAAGUUCAGCUUCUACUGGGAUUUAAUGUAGCAGAUAGCCUUAUUAUACAGCUGCUGACAUAACACCAUGGCAUCUGUCGCCUUGAGGAGAACUAAAGGCUUUUAUGAAGCAGUGUGUGCCCUGAACACCUUGCAGACCAAUGUGAGUGUGUUGGAUCAGGUGCGGAGGGAGCGGAGUGAGCUACCUGAGCUGCAGCUCCAGGCCAUGCAGGGUUUCCUCCAUCGUACAGGCCUCACAGUGGACGAGCUGGACCACCUCAAUAUAAUCCAUGUGACAGGGACCAAGGGCAAGGGAUCAACAUGUGCCUUUACUGAGAGAAUCCUCAGGGACUAUGGCUUUCGGACUGGGUUUUACAGCUCUCCACACCUGGUACAGGUCAGAGAGAGAAUACGCAUCAAUGGACAACCAAUCAGCAAAGAGCUCUUCACCAAAUACUUCUGGGAGGUGUUUGCCCAGUUAGAUGCUACAAAGGACUCCCAUGGAGUUAGUAUGCCGGCCUAUUUCCGCUUCCUCACCAUCCUGGCAUUCCAUGUCUUCCUACAGGAGAGGGUGGAUUUAGCUGUUAUUGAGGUUGGGAUUGGAGGGGCCUAUGACUGUACAAAUAUCAUCAGGAAGCCGUGGGUUUGUGGGAUAUCCUCCUUAGGAAUUGAUCACACAAGUAUACUAGGAGACACUAUAGAGGAGAUAGCCUGGCAGAAAGCAGGCAUAUUUAAGCCAGGGGUGCCAGCGUUCACUGUCAGGCAGCCAGUUAGGCCCAUGACUGUUCUACAGGACAGAGCCAAAGAAAUAGGGUGUCCUCUGUGGGUUUGUCCAGAUCUGGAGCAGUAUGAGUCUGGGGCUGGCCCACUGAGUCUGGGGCUAGCUGGACAACAGCAGCGUUGCAACGCAUCACUCGCCCUGCAGCUCAGCAAGACCUGGCUACAGCACUACAGACAGUCUGAUGAUCAGCUCGCUACCCCAGUAGUGGAGAACAGGCUGGUCUCCCAUGCCGCAGUCUUUAAGCCCAGCCCCAUCAUGGUCAAAGGGCUGGAGGCGACAGAGUGGCCUGGAAGAUCUCAGACUCUGAGGCAUGGUCCUGUCACCUACUACCUGGACGGAGCCCACACCAUGGGCAGCAUGCAGGCCUGUGUACACUGGUUCAGCCAGGAGACCCAGCAGGAGGAGAGUAGCAACAGGGGCCCUGUGAUCAGAGUACUGCUGUUCAACACCACAGGAGAGAGGGACUCUGCUGCCAUUCUCAAACUCCUAGAGCCAUGCCAGUUUGAUUUUGCUGUGUUUUGUCCCAACAUCACUGAAACUAUUACAGAAAACAAUGCAGAUCAGCAGAAUUUCAAUGUGUCUGUGGAGAACAUGCUGACCCGUUGCAUUGACAACCAGAUCAGCUGGCAGAGGCUGAGUGGGACAGACACUCAGCAGCAGUCUGAGUCUGAGCUGCUGAUAAAGGACAGGCUCCCCCUAGUGGCCAAGACCAGGACCCACACCCUGGUCUUCCCCUGCAUCCUCAGCGCCCUCCAGUGGAUCAGCCAGGGAAGGGAUGUUGUGCUGGCUACUGCAGGGAGCCCCUACCUCCCAGUACAGUCCAGUAUCACAGCUAAAGCAGAACCACUGAGAGAGGCAGCCCACGUCUCUGUCCUGGUCACAGGUAGUCUACACCUAGUAGGAGGGGUGCUGAAAUACCUGGACCCCUCACUAGCCUCCUAAUGAACUAUUGGUCCAAUAAUUGGCCCAUCAGUCUGGCUGGGUUUUCUGUAGGACAUUGAGAUACACUCAAUGUUUGACAGGUAUCAUAUUUGAGGUGUUUACAGCUGAGGGUCUUCUUGAAUAGGUGUGUGCUCCUUGUCCAAUGCAGUGCACUCAUGUUGCUCUGUCCUCAGUGCAGGAUACCUGGGCAUUCAUACUACAAAGUUGUUCUGUACUGUGUCAGCAAGUAAAGUUUUGUGUUUUUCUCAGGGUGAUUAAAAUGUUUUAUUAAUUGUGAAUAAAGACAUUUAUAUUAA